UCAGAUUCAGUCAGUGCGUCGCGAGAUCUUUGCCGUGCAGGUUGCGGUUUUGGCCAAGGAAUACAAAUACGUUUAUUCGAUCGGGCGAACGGUUAUUUCACUUCCGUGAGUGUGUGUUGGUGGGAAUAUUUCGGUAACGAAACUUUCUUCAACAGCUGGCCAUCGUUUGUAUGUAAAUGCAAAUCACCUAAGAAGGCGGCCGGAGGAAGAGACAGCGAGACAAGUGGAGUGUAGAAAGUGCAAAACAGGUUUUUUUUGUUAGCAGGGAAACGUGGCAAGCAAAAAAAAAUCAAAGUGAUUGCUCGAUUAUCGCUGUAUUAUCUCAUGUUUGACGAAUGCUAAUUGAUCAGUGAAAGUGGGCUCGAAAAAACAAUGCGAGGAAGAAAUGCCCGCUGAAAGCGAUGAGCAAAUCGCACGCUGAAAUAAAAACACAAACAAAAACGAGGAAACCGCUAUGUCUGCCACCUACACCAAUACAAUUACACAGCGCCGCAAGACGGCCAAAGUGAACAAGCAACAACAGCAGCAACAACAACAACAACAACAAUGGGCGGCCAGCGAUUUGGGCGGCGAGUCGUCAAACGAAAGACUUCACUUUCGCAGCCGUUCAACAAACUCGAAAGCAACAACACCGACGGCGGCGGCCAGCAACUCACCUUCACCACUGUGCUGUAACGGUGCUCGUGCUCUAACAAUGCUCAAUUGCUGCGUCGACGUCAAUUGCCAUUUGAAUGCGCCGCUGCGCGGCAGCGUUAGCCGGCACACGACGCCGACGUCGACGCCCACGCCAACUGCGACGCCGACGCCGGCAGCGACGCCAAAACAAGCCUCCCCCUCGCCCACCUCCGAUCGUUCGCGCUCCCUCUCACGUUCGCCCACGCCGUCUCGCUCUCGCUCGCUCUCCUGCCAUAAACAACAGCAGAAGCACAAGAGCAGCGCAGCAGCCGCCGCAGUCGCAGCGGAGGAGAGAGAAACCGCUAGUACGAAUACGCCGCCAUUUACCGUUAGCCUGAGCAUCGAUCUCUUCAGCUGGACGCUCUUUCUCUUGGCCUUCGGCACGCGUUUCUAUAAGUUGGCAACGCCGCCGCAUAUUGUCUUCGAUGAACUCCAUUACGGCAAGUACAUCUCAAUGUACAUGCGCAACAUCUUCUUCUUCGAUCAACAUCCUCCGCUGGGAAAACAGCUAAUCGCCGGAUUGGUCAGCCUGGCCGGCUACGAUGGAAACUACACUUUUUCCCGGAUUGGUGAGCCCUAUGCGCCGGAAAUGCCCAUCUUCUGGUUCAGGUUUAUCCCGGCCUUGUGCGGCAGUCUUUUGGCCCCCGCCGUUUAUAAGCUGCUGCUGGAGGCGAAGCUGAGUCGAUGGUCCUCGGCUCUGGGCGGUCUGCUCGUCGUCCUGGACAACUCCUUGCUGACGCAAUCCAGAUUCGUGCUCAUGGAAUCGAUGCUGCUGCUGGCCACCACUCUCGGAAUCGCCUGUCUUCUUCGCUUCCAGCGGUGUCGCCUGGGCAGCCUCCAAUGGCUGAUCAGCGGAGCUGCAUCCGCCGUACUUCUGGGCGCUGCCGGAACCGUCAAGUACAUUGGAUUCCUGGCGCUGGGACUGGCCUUCUAUUUGUUAUGUCGACACCUCUGGCAGCUACUCUACGACGCCAAACUGACUGAUCGCCAGCUGUGGAUGCACGCCCUAAGUCGCCUGCUGAUCUUCGUUGGAAUUCCUUUGGCCGUCUACGUGGGAGUAUUCUACGUUCACUUCAAGGCACUUCACCGGGCUGGACCACAUGACAGCAUCAUGACCAGCGCGUUUCAGGCUUCUCUGGAAGGCGGACUGGCAUCGAUCACACGGGGACAGCCCUUGAAAGUGGUUCAUGGAUCGCAGAUCACACUGCGCCACACCCACGGACGCACCUGCUGGCUGCACUCGCAUCCAGCUGUAUAUCCAGUGCGUUAUCCGGACAAACGAGGCUCCUCCCACCAGCAGCAGGUCACUUGCUACUCCUUCAAGGAUGUGAACAACUGGUGGCUGGUCAAGCGACCGACCAAGGAAAACCUGGUGGUGGGAGAUCAGCCGGAUGUUAUUCGGCACGGCGACGUUAUCCAGUUGGUCCAUGGCAUCACCAGCAGAGCUCUCAAUUCGCACGACGUGGCCGCCGCAAUGACGCCGCAAUGUCAGGAGGUCAGCUGCUACAUAGACUACGAGAUCAAAAUGGCCGGUGAGCUGUUGUGGCGUGUGGAGAUCCUAAAUCGCGAUUCCGAGGGCGACAGUUGGCAUGCCAUCAAGUCCGAGAUCCGGCUGAUUCACGAGUCCACGGGAGCUGCCCUGAAGUUCAGUGGCCGUCAACUUCCCGACUGGGGCUUCAAUCAGCACGAGGUGGUGGCUGAUCGCGAGAAGGGAGCACACGAGGACACCAUUUGGAAUGUCGAGGAACACCGCUAUACGCAGACUGAGGACCAUCGGGAGAGGGAGCGCCAGCUGCUGACUGCCGAGAUGAUACCCACGAAGCGAACGCGUAUUUCGUUUUGGGCCAAAUUACUGGAGCUGCAGUCCAAGAUGCUCUUCCAAACGAAAUCUCUGCCCAGUCACAUGUACAGCUCGAUGCCGCACGAAUGGCCGCUGAUGGACAAGGGCAUCGCCUACUGGCUGGAUUCGGAGUCGAAUGCGCAGAUUUAUCUGCUGGGAAACGUACUCCUCUGGUACACGGCCACCGCAGGAAUCCUGGUCUACGCCGGACUACUCGCCUUCUAUGCCGUUCGAAGGCAGCGUCUUUGUUUCGAUAUCUCCGAGCGGGAGUGGCAUCGCUUCCUGAUCGCUGGCGAUACUUUUUUCGUCGGCUAUCUCAUGCACUACUUGCCGUACUUCUUUGUGGAUCGCACACUCUUCCUGCACAACUACUUGCCAGCCUUUGUCUUCAAACUACUCCUAUUGUGCUUUGUCGUGGAGCAUUUGGACUAUCUGCUAAGGCGCUUCUGCACCGGACGUGGUGUCCACCUGGUGCGUCUGUAUCGCCUCAUGCUCAUUUUCUGGCUGGUGGGCGUGCUGAGCAUUUUCUCCAAAUUUAUACCAUUCAGUUAUGGAGCGCGAAAGAUGAGCCUGAAUGAGGUGCGCAGCCUGCGAUGGAAGGACACCUGGGACUUUGUGCUUCACAAAAAUCACCCUCUGCACUGAAAAACUAACCGAACAGCCAUCUUUGAAACAGAGAGACGUGCAAUGAUGUACUCGUACCAUGUAG